UUUACACUUUAGUCAUUCUCCUUCUCCGUCAACACAGGAGUUUCUCUUUGCUCUUUCACUUCACUCUUUCACUUCACUCUCUCCUCUUCUUCCUCCUUUUCACCAAACUUUCUCCCCAUUAUUAUUCCCAUCAUGCACAGAUUUUCACAUUUCUUAAAAAAUCACACUAUUUUCCACCUUCCAUUGAAAAACCCAUUUCCAAUUAUCCACAAAAAGCAAAAUUUCUUCUCUACCACUACCUUCCAGGUAAUUUCUUCUCAACCCUCUUUACACUCACCACCAACACCAAACCCUAAUUUCAAAACCACCACUAUCACAAAAAAUGACCAAUUUGGCCUCAUUCACCUUCAAUCUAAUGCAAACCAUUUCAACGAUCAAAACAGUGACGACGAAUUUACUUCCGAUGUAGAAAAAGUUUAUAGAAUAUUACGAAAAUACCAUUCUAGGGUUCCCAAAUUAGAACUCGCUUUGAAAGAAUCUGGUGUUGUUGUUAGUUCUGGAUUAACCGAACGUGUAUUGAAUCGUUGUGGUAAUUCUGGAAAUUUAGCUUAUAGGUUUUUUUCUUGGGCUUCUAAGCAAUCUGGUUAUAGGCAUAGUGAGGAAGUUUAUAAAGCUAUGAUUAAGGUUUUGAGUAAAAUGCGACAAUUCGGCGCUGUUUGGGCGUUAAUCGAUGAAAUGAGGUUGGAAAAUCCUCAAUUGAUUUCGCCGCAUGUUUUUGUUAUUUUGAUGAGGAGGUUCGCUUCAGCUAGAAUGGUUCAUAAGGCUAUUGAGGUUUUGGAUGAAAUGCCUAAGUAUGGUUGUGAGCCUGAUGAAUAUGUUUUUGGGUGUCUUUUGGAUGCAUUGUGUAAGAAUGGUAGUAUUAAGGAAGCGGCUUCGCUUUUCGAGGAUAUGAGGUAUAGGUUUCCGCCGACGGUUAAGCAUUUUACUUCGUUGUUGUAUGGUUGGUGUAAGGAAGGGAAGCUUGUGGAGGCUAAGCAUGUGUUGGUGCAAAUGAAGGAUGCGGGUAUUGAGCCGGAUAUUGUGGUUUUUAACAAUUUGCUUGGUGGGUAUGCUCAAGGUGGGAAAAUGGCGGAUGCUUAUGAUCUUUUGAAAGAGAUGAAAAGGAAGGGAUGCGAACCGAACGCAGCCUCGUACACUAUUUUGAUUCAGUCGUUAUGCAAACACGAAAAAUUGGAGGAGGCGAUGCGGAUAUUUGUUGAGAUGCAAAGAAAUGAUUGUCAGAUGGAUGUCAUAACAUAUACGACGUUGAUAAGUGGGUUUUGCAAGUGGGGAAAAAUAAAAAGGGGUUAUGAGCUUUUAGAUCAGAUGAUACAAGAAGGACAUUCUCCGAAUCAGCUGACUUAUUUGCAUAUCAUGUUGGCCCAUGAAAAGAAGGAAGAAUUGGAAGAGUGUAUGGAACUUGUGAAUGAGAUGAAGAAGAUUGGUUGUGUUCCUAAUCUUAACAUCUAUAAUACCGUCAUUAGGUUGGCUUGCAAGUUCGGAGAGGUCAAGCAAGGUGUUCGGCUUUGGAAUGAAAUGGAAGCAAGUGGACUCAGUCCGGGUACUGACACCUUUGUCGUCAUGAUUAACGGGUUUCUCGAACAGGACUGUCUUAUUGAAGCUUGUGAGUAUUUCAAAGAAAUGGUUGGGAGAGGGCUUUUUGCUGCUCCUCAAUAUGGAACUUUGAAGGAGUUGAUGAAUUCUCUUUUAAGAGCUGAGAAGCUUGAAAUGGCUAAAGAUACUUGGAAUUGUAUCACUGCUUCUAAAAGUUGUGAAAUGAAUGUGGCUGCAUGGACAAUUUGGAUUCAUGCACUGUUUUCAAAAGGGCAUGUGAAGGAGGCUUGUUCGUUUUGUAUAGACAUGAUGGAUAACGAUUUAAUGCCACAGCCAGAUACUUUUGCAAAGCUUAUACGCGGUCUGAAGAAAUUGUAUAACAGAGAAUUUGCAGCUGAAAUCACUGAGAAGGUAAGGAAAAUGGCUGCUGAUAGGCAUAUCACAUUCAAGAUGUAUAAACGGAGAGGAGAAAGGGAUUUGAAAGAAAAAGAAAAGGAGAAAAAAGAUGGGAGGAAGAGGAGGGCUAGGCAACGCCGUUGGGGUGAAGGCCGCCAAAAAGCAUUAUAAUUUACAGGGUUGAAGCUUCAUAUACAACCUGUAGGUUUUCGAUGGGAUUCCGAUUUCUGCUCAAAAUUUGGUCAAUCAAUAGUUCAAUUGAAUGGAAAUUAUGUGGUCUUAUUUGCUUGACUUAAGGAAAGAUGAGGAUAAUUAGAUGUCAUUGGAGUAGUUGCUUCUUUCUUUGAGAUUUAACCCCCUUUAAACUGAGCCAAGGGCUUAAGGUAAUGUAAUCAAUGUCUAUGGAAGAGAGAGCACAAGAAACAAAUAUUAUGUACAGAAGUACAAGUCAUUGUCAAAAUAUAGGCAGAAAAAACUAAACGGUUCUUUGCAUAUUUCUUUCAUGUUAUAUUUUAUCAACAGUUCUUUAAAAGAAUUCUCAAAUUUCUGUUUGAUGGAGUUUUUCUUUGAAUUCUUUUUUUCAAAAGGUAAAUAAGUUUUUUUCAAACCUCAGGAACAGAAGGAAGGGAGCUGAUGCUUUUCUGUUGGAAAAUUGUCAGGGAUAUCUUCAAAUCCCAAAAUAUAUUGAGCUUCCUACUUUACCUUGUAUUUCUUGUACUGAGUCUCGCCGUAGCUAGGGGUGUUCUGCAAAACUGGGUACCCUUACUAAUCUAGUAACCAGUCUGCUCCAUUUUUAAAAGUUGAGACCAUUUUUGAAAAAACAAACACUGAACUUAAUCUGUUUAAGCCCAAAAACUAAAACUGGGUGUCAUUUUGUGAUUAGAUAGGUUUAGUUACCAGUUUCACUCUCGACUAUGAUACGAUUCGUCCUUUCUCCUUGGGUGAAACAGCAGCGCCUAAAGACUGAAGUUGUAAUCCUAAUCCUCUUUUCAACCCUAACCAAUAUCAUCAAUUUCUGAAUUCCGAUCGCAGAUCAGCUUGUGAUUUAGACCAAUUUUUGAACGACACAUCUCUCUCCAAUUCUCUGUAUUUGGUUCUGCUUGACAUUCAUGUUGUUUUAACUGCGUUCGCUUCUUCUCUCGCACUUUCGUAAGUUUCCUUUUUGCGGUUUCUCCGAUUUAUUUUAUUGCUUUUUCUAACUUUUUGAGUUCUUUGAAGCUUGCUUCUUCAGCAGAAACCUCAGUUUCUGUAAUAUGAGUUAAAGCUUCUAAGGUCAAUGACUCGUUUCCAGCAGGUUUUUCACUCGCUUUCAUUCUAUAUUUUAAGGGUUUGUGUUGUUUUGAAUUAUUGUUAGUCGGAUUUGUUUAUGGAUUGUGUUCAAUUUGUUUGUAUUUGUAUGCAUUUAAUUAAUGAAGGAAUAGCCAUAUGAAAUCAUCAUAAGAAAAUUUUGGAUGCAUGGUUUAAAUGAAACUUUAUCCUGCUAAUGCUAUCCCCUUUGUAACAACAAUACUAACAUUUUUAUGCACUCUUGCCCUUUGAUUUAUGGCGAAAACAUGAAAUUUUAAUUAAACAAAACACUAUUUUGGAUAUCUAUUAUAUUAAACUGUUUAUGAGAUCAAUUUUUGUUAAUAGAUAUGUCUUAGUUGCUUUCUUCUGAUUUUAAUAACUCAAAUGGAGAUCGCACUAGUUAUUCAAAAGCUUGUGGUUAAAGCAAAUUUUAUUGUACAGUUUGUUUAUCCAACAUGAAAUUGAAGUCCUGUCGUGAGUGUCAUGGAUUUGUUUAUCCAGUUUGUUUCACCUGCUGAAAGUGUCCAGGCCAAGAUAAAGAUUCAGCUUUCAGAAAUUGGUUUUCAAUAUAUAUAGUUAUAUUUUUAAAUUUAAAUAACUUCACACAGACACAAUGAACUUUAAACAUGAACCUUAAGAAAACUCUGAACAUUGUUGGUUGCCGAAUUUGAUGCAGGAUCAUCAUUUGUUAUCAAUAUGGACAGGAAUCCUAUUUUACAUAAGGUUUUGCAAUAUGCAGACCCUAUUAAUAAGCUGUUAGAAAAAGAAAUCUUCAAUCUUUUGAUGGCAAGCAAACUUGAAUAGUCUUUAUCUCUAAGUGUCCUAUUCAUAAAUUUAUAUGUUAAAAUCUUAACCCCUUGCUGUUAAGAGUAAAGCAGUAGGGAUUUCCAAAAAACCAUAAAACCAAACUGAACUGGAGAACCGAACUAGUCCAUUAAAAUUGAGAACAAAACUGUGUUAACCAAACUGUGUUAAAAUUGAGAAUCAAACUGUGUUAACGAAACUUUGUAUUAAAAACUAGAAGUGAACUGUAACUGAACAUUGAAUCCUAUCGAAACCUAAAAUUACUAAAAUCAGAGAACCCUAAAGAACUUAAAUUAGAAGAACUGAAGAACCCUUAGUAGUGUCAUCUCGUAGCAGUGUCAUCACCACCCACCACCAUCGCGAUUAGUUGCGCCACCCACCGUCGUUGUGAAUAGAAGCUCUGCCACGUAGCAGUGCCAUCACAAAUAGCAUCUUCGACUCCGUCACGUAGUAGCUCCAUUGCUAAUAACAGCAAUGUCUGAAGCCCUCUUCUGUAUAAUGUAUUACGCUACAUUGCUGACAUCUGCAAAGAAAGACAGGUACAUACAUUUGAUUUUCUUUUGCAUUUGUCUCUUUCAUUAUUUUUAUGGGAUUUGCGAAUUGUCUUUACCCACUGAAAUCCGUUUGAUGCACUUGGUUUCAUUAUGCUUUAGAGUUCAAACAAAGGUUUCUUUCCAUUCUAACUUGUUUUUCAACAUAGGAGAUUACUCAUUUUUUUUCAUAUAACUCUCCCAAGUUGCACCCAUCUCAGCUCACUCAUGAAGGAACAAAGUGCAGGGAAAAAGGUUUAUGGGUUUUGCUAUCCUAAAAAUAAUUUGUUGGCAUGAAGUUUUAUGUCUCUCCAAAAGGAUGUUCAGAAGCUUAGAAUGUAGAUUGCAUUUUUUUCCCCAUUUUUCUUGAGGUUGAUUCUGUUUUUUAGAUGCUGUUAAAUGAGUAGACUUGUGUGAAGCUUGUGAUUAUGUUGAGUUUAUGUUGUGAUUAUGUUGAGUUUGAUCCUUUGAUUAUUACUCUUGUCACUUCAUAUUUAAUAUAUUUCUAUGUUCUUGUCAUUUCUAUUAGUUUUAUUUCCAAAACACACCUAUUAUAAGCCAUCUUGUGGGAUAUACAAAAAUGAAAAACCAUGUAUUAAAGUUCAGAACAGAAGAAUCCAUCCAAAAUAAUAUUGAAAAUUUGUUUAUUAGUCUCAUUCAUUUUCCUUUUUCCUUGGUUUUGUUUUAUUUUGCAAGGUGGAUGGAUAUAAUCACUCUCCCCCUGGCCCCCUCCCUUUUACUGUUUCCACUUCUACAACUGAAAUUGAUUUUGACAAUCUUUAGUUUUUGUUGAUGAGAUUCCUAAAAUGCUCCAUUAAUUUCCAAAAGCGAACACAUAAUAUUGGAUUCUCUUAAUUUUCCUUAUGGUGUAUUGAUAGACUGAGAGAUUAAUGGUGCAUUAGCCUUGCAUUAUUGUCUUAAUUUGGUUUCUCGUAUGGGUUUCUAUUGCUCUCAUAUUUAUAAAGAAGGAAAUGUUUGUGCUGACACACUAGCAGACUUUAAUAUUUCUACUCAAGUUUUCAUUUGAUGGAGUUCAGCCCCUUCUUUUAUUUAAGAGGAGUGUUUUAGCAAUAGAAAUCAAUUUUCUAAUUUUAGAUUUUCAUGAUGUAUCUUUCUUUCCGAGAUUGUUUAGUUUUCAUUGUGUUGUGUUCCUUAUGAAUUUAGUGUUUAUUUUCUUGCACCACACUCUUAUUUCCUUCAAUAUGGUUUUAUCCUUUUGGAUAUUUUUGGUAACGUUUUUAACAAUGUAUUUGUUGCUCUUGCAUAUUGUUGUUACCUUGAGUAUUGGUCUAAUCUCCUCAAGUUGUAAUUUUCCUCCAAAUGAUAGGUGGUUGAUUUGGGGUGCUAACAUAGUUAGAUGCCAAAUCUACCAUAUGAUGUUUUUGCAUUCUAUUUCUUUUUGGCUUAAAAAAAACUAAAAUCCUUUUGAAGAGUUCUUUAUUGUAAGUCACACGUAGACCAACUAUUCAAAAGAUCCGGUAGUCUUGACAAAAACUUUGAAUACAAUCAAAGGAUAAAAAAAUCCAGGUAUCCAAUUUAUGUUGUGAUUAUUUUCCUUGCACUAAGAAGUAGGGAAGUAGAAGCAGUGGUCAACUUGUGAUUUUUUUUCCGCAGUUCUUAGAUGCUUUCAUGAUUGUCGUAAUCAAUUUUGGAUUUGACAUCUGUUUAUUUAAACAUAUAUUGUUACUAGGUUAUUACAUGGACUCUCCCCUUAGGUGAUUACUAGUCCUAGUUUGCCACCAUUUGGUCGUCAAAAUAGGUCACUUGUAUGAAAUCACUUUACUAGAAUUGGACAUCUUUUUCCAUUGUAAUAUGGAAAAGAAUUUAUCAUUAUGUUUUUUGAUUAUUAAAUAUCAAUGACUGGUUGAAUCUUUGGGCUUAGCCUCUCUUGCUUUGACUUUUGGAAAUCUAGAUUAAUACCACAUAACCAAAAGAAAUGACAUUUGAAUUGGUUACCAUCAAGAUCCUUCCUAUGCGCGAUUAUAUUGAAAUUUGUUUAUGUACAUUAAUAUAACAAUAUGAUUGUUGGCAACUUGGCAUCAUAAUUAAUCUGUGGGACACACUAGUUUAUAUUAUAUUUAUAUACACACCCAAUACACUUCACUAGUUAACUAAUUAACUUGUCUGGAGAAGUUUCUGUUUUUUCCUUUUGCUGUGCAGUUAUAUUUUCAAUUUAUUCAUAUUUCUAUAAGUUGUUUACUGUUGUCUACAUGGAUUGAUCUGUGCCGUUAUUAGACUACCUAUUAACAACCCCAAGCAAAGAACAACUUCUGUCAUCUUCCUACAUAUCUCAUGUUCUAUUUCUUUUGUCCAGAAUAUAGAAUUUUGCUUUUGGAAGUUGUGGUCGGCACAACGGAGGGAGUUCACUACAUGUUUCAGUCACAAGAUUGCUUAUAAUGAAAUUUCCUGUUAAUUUAUGAUAGCAAGCAAUUCGUUCUACACUAGAAUGACGAUCUCGUGAAGGAAUGAAUGUAAGGGCAGGAAAUCUUGAUUCUAGUACAAGCAGCAACCGAUAUCGAUCUUUUGUACAUACAAAUAAGGGACCAGAAUGUUGAAGUUGGCAGCCAUGAAUUGAAACCAGUCUUUCAAAAUAGAUAUUCAUUAUAGUAAACCAUAUUUAGGUUUUUUAACAAUGUGAUAAGAUUAGAUGGAUUAAUUGUUCAUAA